AUGCAUCUCCUCCCGCGCGAACAGGACAAACUCAUCCUCACCACCCUCGGCACCCUCGCACAACGCCGCAUCGCCCGCGGCCUCGUCCUCAACCGCGCAGAGACAGUCGCACUCAUCGCCUCCCAGCUCCACGAGUUCAUCAGAGAUGGCAAGCACUCGGUCGCAGAGCUCAUGGAUAUCGGCAAGAAGAUGCUCGGGAGAAGGCAUGUCAUGGAGGGCGUUGCCGAGGCUAUCCAUGAUAUCCAGGUGGAGGGCACUUUCCCAGACGGCGUCUUUCUGGUCACAGUGCAUGACCCCAUUGCUUCAGACGAUGGCGACUUGAACAAUGCGCUCUACGGCUCCUUCCUGCCGAUCCCGUCUUCCGACCUUUUCCCACCACCACCAAAAUCCACCGAACCCAUCCCUGGAGCCCUCAUAUGCCUCAAGAAACCAGUGGCCCUCAAUGUCUCUCGUCGCAGACUCCUUCUUGAAGUCAAGAACGCGGGAGACAGACCCAUACAAGUCGGCUCCCACUAUCCCUUCCUCGAAACCAACCCUUCCCUGGUCUUUGACCGUCUUUUGUCAUACGGCUUGAGACUUGAUAUCCCAGCAGGCACAGCAGUGCGUUUCGAACCUGGGGAGAAGAAGACGGUGGGGAUGGUGGAGGUAGGGGGAAAAAAGCUUCUGUAUGGCGGAAGUGGGUUGGGGAGUGGGCAGUUUGAGGAAGGGUUGAGAGAGACAAGUGUUCGAGAUCUGGUGGAGAAGGGUGGAUUCGGGCACAAGAAGCAAGAAAAGGUGGAGCAAGGCCCCAUUGUUCAAAUGGACCGAGAGGUGUACGCGUCAAUGUUUGGCCCAACUACCGGCGACAAGAUCAAACUCGGCGACAUGGACCUUUGGGUUGAGGUCGAAAAGGACUUUACUAUCUACGGCGACGAGUGCAAGUUUGGGGGUGGAAAGGUGCUCCGUGAUGGUCAAGGACAGGCGUCCGAUAGACAUGACUCUGAGGUGCUGGACCUGCUGAUCACCAAUGCAUUGAUCAUCGACUGGAGUGGUAUCUACAAGGCAAAGACGCAGGCCGAUAUCGGUAUCAAGAAUGGUAUCAUCGUGGGUAUCGGAAAGGCUGGUAACCCAGAUAUCAUGGACGGUGUCACCGAAGGCAUGAUCUUUGGCUCUAGCACCGAAGUCAUCGCCGGAGAAAAGCUCAUCAUUACUGCCGGUGCAAUCGACGUCCACGUCCACUACAUUUGCCCUCAGCUUUGUAACGAGGCUCUGGCUUCUGGUAUUACGACCCUCGUUGGCGGCGGUACAGGCCCUGCAGACGGAAGCAACGCCACCACCUGCACCUCCUCCGCCUUCUACAUGCAAAACAUGAUUACCGCUACCGACACUAUCCCGCUCAACUUUGGCUUUACCGGCAAAGGCAAUGACGCGGGUGUCCAUGCAAUAAAGGAUAUCGUGGAGGCGGGAGCUUGUGGGUUGAAGUUGCACGAGGAUUGGGGAUCGACGCCAGAGGCUAUUGAUAGGGCUUUGACUAUUGGUGACGAGUAUGAUGUGCAAGUCAACAUUCACACAGACACGCUCAACGAGAGUGGUUAUGUCGAGAGCACUCUGGCUGCUUUCAAGGGCAGGACCAUCCAUACAUACCACACUGAAGGCGCUGGUGGUGGUCACGCCCCCGACAUCAUUGUGGUGUGUGAGCACGAAAACGUCCUGCCCAGUUCUACCAACCCCACUCGACCUUAUGCCGUCAACACUCUGGACGAGCACCUUGACAUGUUGAUGGUCUGCCACCAUCUCGACAAAUCCAUUCCUGAGGAUAUCGCCUUUGCUGACUCUCGUAUCCGAGCCGAGACUGUGGCUGCCGAGGACGUCCUCCAAGACACUGGCGCUAUCUCCAUGAUCUCGUCUGAUGCCCAGGCUAUGGGCCGAAUCGGCGAAGUCAUCGCUCGAACAUGGCGUACUGCCGCCAAGAUGAAGUCUGUCCGCGGCCCUCUUCCCGGCGAUGAAGAGACUCGCGACAACAACCGUGUCAAGCGCUACAUUGCUAAGUACACUGUCAACCCCGCCAUCACACACGGCAUGUCGCACCUCAUCGGUUCCGUUGCCGUCGGCCAGCUCGCAGAUCUGUCCAUCUGGAAAGCAGAAAACUUUGGGGCAAGACCGGAGAUGGUGCUGAAGGGCGGUGUGAUUGCGUGGGCACAGAUGGGUGAUGCGAAUGCGUCGAUUCCAACGGUGCAGCCAGUGUUUGGGAGGCCCAUGUGGGGAUCGCAGCCGAGGGCAGCGGCGCUCAACUCGAUUGUUUGGGUCAGUCAGGCGUCGAUUGAGAAGGGCAUCGUGCAAAAGUAUGAUAUCAAGAAGAGGACUGAAGCAGUCAAGAAAUGUCGAGACAUUGGUAAAAAGGAUAUGAAGCUGAACGACCACAAACCCAAGAUGACUGUGGAUCCCGAGACUUAUCAAGUGAUGGCAGAUGGAGUCUUGUGCGAUGUACCGCCAGCGACUACUUUGCCGUUGACAAAGAAGCAUUUCAUCUAUUAG